CUUCUCGCGGUCCACGGAAGAAAGCGACGCGGUAUAUCACGUGACCUUGUCUGCUGCUGCUGGCUGAGUGAAGCGUGUUAGCAGAUUUUUCUAUUUUGUACAUACAUUGUUUUGUAUAUACUGUAUAUGAUGACCUCGUUGGGCGGCGACAAAGCCCGGGGCACUCGAGACAAAGCACUGCCUGUUGCUACACACACAACACAACCACAGAAACAGCUCCAGGCAACCGCAGAGCAGAUUCGGCUUGCCCAGAUGAUCUAUGAUAAGAAUGAUGCUGAUUUUGAGGACAAAGUAAACCAGCUGAUGGAGGUGACAGGAAAGAACCAGGACGAGUGCAUGGUUGCGCUCCACGACUGCAACGAGGAUGUCAACAGAGCCAUCAACUUCCUUCUUGAGAGCACCUCUGACACGACCUCGUGGGAGACUGUGGGGAAGAAGAAACCCCCAGCCAAGGACGGCCCAGCAGAGGGAAAAGAAAACAAGGAGAACCGAGAGAAAAGGGGAGGCGAGCGGGAAGGCAGCAGGGGCCGCGGAGGAAGCAACCGGAGGGGCCGAGGUGCCAGCAACCGCAGCCGCCAGGGGGAGAGGGGUAGGGGCCCGCCGAAUAUUAUUCUGUCCUCUGCGAGGCCUGAGGAAAACGGCGUGGAUGUGGGCCCUGGCUCUGUGGACAGAGGGUCUGAGCGAGGCCGCAGAGGGGGCCGAGGGGGCAGAGGUGAGUGUCAUUUAGUGGCACUUUCUCAUAUGUUCCAGUCAACAUCCCCAGUUGGAUCUGGAGGCAGAGGAAGGGGCAGGGUGCCGGCGGGAAGCAGGUUCACAGCCCAAGGAAUGGGGAUAUUUAAUCCAGCGGACUACACCCCAGAACAGGGGACCGGGACCACACAAAGCGACGCCUGGGACUCAGGGGCCAACAACAGCACAGACGGGACAGUGGCCUGGAGGAGUACUCUGGAUGAUUGGGCUGCUGAGGACUGGAGCGAAGACCUGUCUGAGACCAAAGUGUUCACUGCCUCAAGUGCACCUGCACCUCAGAACCACGUCACACCUGGGCAAAGUCUGGACCUGACCUCCCUGCUGCAGAAGCCGGUGGGUGGCAGUAGGGGAGGGGGAGAGGCCCCCUCCUCUCAGAGCCUGGUGUUCACCAACUCCCACCAUCACCCUGCCCGCAACGGGUCGGCCGUUGGUACGGGCAGCGCCAGCUACGCCCACGCUGCCCUGUCGUCAGUGCUGGGGUCAGGUUUCGGUGACCUGGGCCAGCCUAAAAGGAGCCAGUCCAGUCCGGGGGCUCAGAUCUUGGAGCAGCUGAAGGGCCCGGGCCUGGGUCCCCUCCCUUCAUCCCAGGCGGCCCCCCCUCCAAGCACACAGGGGGGCGGCGGCACCACCCUGGGGGGCAGACUACCAGGGCUAGGUGGAGCCCCCGCAGUCCUCCCUCCACCCUCCACGUCCAGCUGGGAUGUCAAGGUCCCAGAGCCCAGCGCCGCCACGACCUCCUCGCUCACCUCCCACUUCAGCCGGGAGUUUAAACUGCAGCCUGAGCCGUCCCUGGUGCUGAGCCAACUGGUACAGAGACAUGGCGCCCCCUCCCUGCCCCUGGCACGCCAGCCCAGCCCCCCGCCCGCCCAGCCCCCCUCCCCCAACCAGGGACCCACCCUGGCCGCCAUAGGUGCCAAGCCCGCCCCCAGCUCGGGGCCGGACCCUCAGGGCGACGGCCCACUGCAGCAGCACCGUGUUCCGCAGCUCAAGGCCCCGAAACGAAGGAUACCUCCCACCUCCAAGAUCCCCUCGUCGGCGGUGGAAAUGCCUGGCUCUGCUGACGUCCCUGGUCUCAACGUCCAGUUCGGAGCCCUGGACUUUGGCUCGGAGGCAGCCUUGCCGGACUUUGGCCCUGCGGAGACGUGUGUCACCGAGGCCUCCAGGGAGUCUGCACCGGCACCGCAAAGCCAGACCAGCCUUUACUCCAAACCCCUCAGUGAAUCCAUGGGCACUCCGCUGUCCAUCCCCCUCCCGCUUUCUUCUUCUGAGCCCGUCUACCCCUCCCCCUUGGUGGCCAUGCCCAGCCUCGCCCCCUCCUCUAUGGGUACGGUCAGCUCCUCCGCCCCCUGCUCCUCCUCUUCCGUCUCCUCCUCGGUGCCCUCCUCCGCGUCUCCCUUCGUCUCAGUGGGGAGUGGUUAUGACUGUGGGCCUGUGGCCCCCCACCCACGCCUAGCCUUCCCCCAGAGCAAAGAGGCCCCUGGGCCAAUCAUGAACGGUCUAAACGGCGUGAGAACGUCUGGAAUGGACACUUCGUCGGCCUCCUCCACGCCAAAGCCAGAGUCUCCCUCUCUGAGCAUCAGUACCAGCAGUGCCCCCGCCCCCUCCACCCACAUGCCCUCCCUACCCCCCCACAGCUCAGCACUUCCCAGCAUGCCGCACGACAUGCCCUCCGCCAGCUUGGCAACACUUAGCAGUCAUGGCAGCAGCAGUCAUUCCUCGGCUCUUGGCUCCAGCUCUCUCACUUACACCAGUGUGGACAGCAGUGUGAGCUCUCUGGCGCCCUCAUCUGGCUCCUACCCGCCCGGCCCGGCCCAGUCGCUCCACCAGGUCAACAGCAGCGCGGCUCACAUCAUGGCGACGGUGAGCCACAUGAACAGCGUGGUCAGCAGUAUGGCCGGCACCGGCGCCCUCCACGCCGGCCAAGCGCUGGGGCUCGGCGGCAACGGAACCGCGGCCCAGUCCAACCUCUCCUCGGCCCCGCGGACCGCCCCACUGCUCUCCUCCUCAACAGGUAAAGCUCCUCCUAACCUGUCCCAGGGCGUCCCGCCACUACUGCCCAACCAGUACAUAAUGGGCCCCGGAGGCCUUCUGCCAGCCUACCCGCAGAUCUACGGCUACGAGGACCUCCACAUGCUACAGUCCAGACUGCCUAUGCCCUCUUUACAGGAUUACUAUGGAAUCACAUUCCCUGGCCCCACAGCGCUCUCUGGCAGAGACGGGAGCCUCACCAACAACCAUUACUCAGGUGAAGUCACUAAGUUUGGCCGGGGUGACUCCACUUCCCCGGCGCCCCCCAGCAGCUUGUCGAGCCAACAGCAGCCCCCGCAGGCCCAGGGCCCGAGCCAGAGCCAGCCCCCGCAGCCACCCCAGCCCCAGGGUCACCACGGCAGCCAGCAGCAGGCCUUCCUCCCGCCGGGCUACAGCUACACUGGCCUGCCCUACUACCCCGGGAUGCCCGGCGCCGCCUUCCAGUACGGACACACCAUGUUCAUGCCCCAGGGCCAGGGCCCGGCCAAGCAGCACGGCGUGGGCCUGGGGAACCCCUCGGCCAGCCCCUUCCAGCAGCAGCAGGCCAGUGGCUAUGGCCAGCACGCUUUCAGCUCAGGGUACGAGGACCUGACCCAGGGCCAAGCCGGAGUGGAUUACAGCAAAGGCUACAGUAACUCCUCCCAGAGCCAGGCCAAAUCCGCUGCUACCGGCCCCAGCAAAGGUGGGAUCUCUGUGACGUCAGGCAAUUCCGGGGUGCCAGAAAUCAGUGGAAGUGUUUACAACAAGACCCAGUCUUUUGAUAAGCAGGGUUUCCAUGCGGGAACUCCGCCUCCCUUCAACCUGCCCUCAGCUCUGGGGGGUCCUGGGGGGGCCCCGGGGGGUUACGCUCCCACCCCAUUCCUCCACAUCCUGCAGCCUGCCCACCAGCAACCCCACAACCAGAUGCUGCACCAUCACCUGCCUCAGGACGGACAGGGGGGUCCUAGCCUGCGAGGCCAGUCCAGCAACAUGCAGAAGAGCCAGGUCAACAAGUCCAGCUAUGGCAGCUCCCCAUACUGGGGAAACUGACAGGGCUGUGUGUGUGUGCAUUUGUGUGCGUGCGCGUGUGUGUGCGCCUGCGUGUGUGUGUGAAUGUGUGUACACACACUGCAUCAUGCCCACCUAUCUUGACUGAUCAGAUCACAGAAGGACAAACCAUUUUACAGCACCAAGCUAAAACACACUACUACUACUACUACUACUACUACUACUACUCCUCCUUCCCCCCCUACUCAAUAUUCCCCCUUUCAAAUAUAUGGCUGUUGUAUGUAAAAUAUAUUUAUGUAUGUAUUUAUACAGUAUAUAUGUAUCGGUAGGACAUGAAAUGUGGUUUUCUGCAUUUUUUUUUUUUCUCCGAAGGAUGUUUUGUUUUAUUUCAAAAUGGUGGGAAGAUGAGGGAAUCAACGAUCAAGGAGACGUAAUUAUGAAGUCGAUGGUGAAUAUACUUGAACAAGAACAAGCAUCACAUGGGCGAUUUUUGUAUGCAUCCAUGAACCAGAUGAUGAUGUACAUCACCGCUACGCAUCAUUUUCACGCUGAAGCCUUUUUUUAAGCUUUUUUUUUUUUUUUUUGUAACUUUGGUCUCCCCCAUCUGUGAACUAUUUUCUAUUGAGGAUGACUUAAGUUGAUAGCCUGAGUUUUUCUUUUUGCCCCUGUAUCCCUCCCAUUGUGUUCCUACCCCCUUUAUAGUUGGCUGAGGUGUGACAGCCAGGCAUUGGAUUUGAUGUCAUUAACAUUGGUUUAAUCCUCAUUGUCCAACAAAUAAAAGUUCUGAACAGUUAUGAAUUAACUUGCUAA